CCCAAUAUGCAUGGCGCGUAUUCCUCCUCGCGCGAGCUCCCGUAACGUAACGCUGAACAAUAAACGGUGGGGAGCUCGAUUCCUGGACUGGGUUAGAGUCAAGGAGGUGGAGGAGGUGAGCGCAAAUAUUUACAUUUAAAUCAUAAUAAAAUACUUCAAAGAAAAAAAAACACGUUUCACACCACAAAUUGUGGAGCGCACGGGAAGCCAGUGACUUGCUCACUUGGGGAUUUUGUGACGGUUUUUUUUUUUUUCUUUCCCCCACACAACCGGGUCGGGUCCUGUUUUAUUCAUUGUGGUGUGUGACACUCCGAGUCAACAGAACACAGCUGCCGAGACCGUGCACAGCCGUCAGCAAAAGAGCGCAAAACAUGGCACAGACAGGGAUCCCUGCCUCCGUGCCCCCGGAGCUGCCCUCCUCAGAGAGCCGCUUGGUCGUGACGUUCCUCAUGUCCGCCCUGGAGUCCAUGUGCAGAGAGCUGGCCAAGUCGAAAGCAGAAGUGGCCUGCAUCGCAAUGCAUGACACUGAAGUGUUUGUGGUCGGGACGGAGCGGGGAAAAGCCUAUGUCAACACAAGGAAGGACUUCCAGCAGGACUUUGUGAAGUACUGUGUAACAGAAGAGGAGAAGCUGACCAGGCUGCAGAAGCUGAGGCCCUCUUCUCCAGAAUGUGAACCUGAGGAAGUAAUCGACAUAGGAGCUCUGGAGAAGGCAGUGGAGGACCUCUUCUGUAUAUGUUACGGUAAAGCUUUGGGGAAGCCCAGUAUUGUGCCUGUGCCGUAUGAGAAGAUCCAAAGCGACCCCUCAGCUGUUGCAAUACAGGGUCUGCCGGACGGAGUCUGCUUUAAACACCCUGCAAGCUACAACAUUUCAACCCUGAAACAAAUCCUGGAGAGAAAGUCUCAGAUCACAUUUGUCAUUAAAAGGCCAUUUUUGGAGGCAAAGAAAGAAAAAGAGGAGCAGAGCAGUAAAGCACCACACUGUGGAAGUGGUUCAUGGUCUCCUAGCAACUUUGUGACGGUAGAGGUAAAGACAGAACCCCAUGAUGAUCAAGGGGAUUUGGAAAUGACCGCUGUGACGGUGAAAGAAGAGAUCGAGGAUGAAGAAACCCAGCACCCCUUGACAGACAGUCAACCUGGGGGAGACUCCAGUGAGGAAACUGAAUUGGAGGGCCCUAUAGAUGAUUCAACCCAGCAUGUCUCCUCUGAAACGAGUGAGGACCCAGAGGUAGAGGUGACCAUAGAAGAAGAUGAGUAUAUGCCACGAAACAAAAGACCAAAGAUUAUACCCAUGGAAGUACCCAGCGAAACGGCUACGACGAGCAAAAGGAAAGUGAGGGAGUUUAAUUUUGAAAAGUGGAACGCCAGGAUUACUGAGCUAAGGAAACAAGUGGAGGAGUUGUUUGAAAAGAAAUAUGGGCUAGCUAUCAAAGCCACAGGGCCGGUGUCUAUCCCCUACCCGGUCUUCCAGUCCCACAUGGAUGAUCUGUUCGUCGAGGGGCUGCCGGAGGGAAUCCCCUUCAGGAGACCCUCCACCUAUGGGAUCCCGCGCCUCGAGAGGAUCCUGCAAGCCCAGGAGCGGAUCCACUUCAUCAUUAAGAAGCCUGAGCUACUCAGCACAGCUAGAGAAGAGCUCCUAUUGGAUAACCCUUCCUCGCAAGUAAGAGAGGAGUGGUAUGCCAGGAUCACCAAACUCAGAAAGCUGGUGGAUGAGCUUUUCUGCAAGAAGUACGGGGAGGCCCUUGGCAAGCCGGGGCCCCUGCCCGUCCCGUACCAGAAGUUUGAGGCCCAUCCGCAUGAGCUCUUUGUGGAGGGGCUGCCGGAAAGCAUCCCGUUCAGGAGCCCCUCCUGGUACGGCAUUCCCCGUCUCGAGAAGAUCCUGCAGCUCAGCGGCACACUCCAGUUCAUCAUCCGCAGGCCUGAACUGUUGUCCCAGGAGCAAACUGACACAGCCCAACUGAGACCCAACACAGAAGUGAAGGAAGACUGGAACAUCAGAAUCUCAAAGCUGAGGAAACAAGUAGAAGAGGUUUUCAAUUCCAAAUUUGCUGAAGCUCUGGGGCUGCUGGAGCCAGUCAAGGUGCCCUACCCUGUGUUCGAGUCCAACCCUGACUCCCUGUUCGUGCAGGGCCUGCCCGCGGGGAUCCCCUUCCGCAGCCCCACCUGGUUCGGUAUCCCCCGUCUCGAGAGGAUCGUCCGGGGCAGCGCCACGGUCAAGUUCGUGGUCAAGAGGCCUGAUCUGGUGAUUCCAUUUUUGCCUCCCGGUUUAGCAGAAAAAAUCAAUACAGAAGGUACUAAUAAUAAAGAAGGUGCUGCUCCAACCCUCGCCCAGACGAAUGGCUCAAACACCCCCUUCAAACCUAGAGGAAGGGAGUUCUCUUUCGAGGCAUGGAACGCCAAAAUAACUGACCUGAAGCAGAAAGUUGAGACACUGUUCAGUGAGAAGUGUGCGGAGGCCCUGGGCCUGGCUGAGCCGGUUAAGGUCCCGUACGUCCUGUUUGAGUCGUUCCCCGGGGAUUUCUACGUGCUGGGCCUCCCCGACGGAGUGCCCUUCAGACGGCCGUCCACCUUCGGCAUCCCCCGGCUCGAGAAGAUCCUGCGCAACAAGGCCAAGAUCACCUUCGUCAUCAGCAAGCCUGACAUGUUUGAAGCAGCCGUGAAGGAAGCAGCUGCAAACCGUCCCAUAACAAGGACAAGCUUUGGAUCCCCAGCUUUAACAGCAACAGAAAAACCCACAACGGUUCAAAAUCCAGCAACAUCAGGUAAAAGAGGCCCCAGUACAGCGCUAGCCAUGGAGGACCUGAAUAUCAUUCAAGUGACUGUCCCAGAUACGGAGAGCGAGAGAUUGUCGAAGGUGGAGCGAGCUCGGCAGCUGAGGGAGCAGGUGAACGACCUGUUCAGCAGGAAAUUCGGUGAAGCGAUCGGGGUGGAUUUCCCAGUCAAGGUGCCCUACAGGAAGAUCACCACUAACCCGGGCUGUGUGGUGGUGGAUGGCAUGCCCCCCGGAGUUGCUUUCAAGGCCCCCAGCUACCUGGACAUCUCCUCCAUGAGGAUGAUCCUGGAGUCGGCCGACUUCAUCAAAUUCACCGUCAUACGGCCUUUCCCUGGACUUGUCGUCAGCAGUCAAGUUGUGGAUCCUAGUGAGGCAGUGCAAGGAAUGACUGAACAUAGCAAAGCAGACAUGCCUUCAGCACAAGGGGAUGCAGAGGGGGGAAUGAAGGAGGAACACAAAGGAUCCUGGUAGCACAACACCCAGGUAGUACUGUUAGUCUGGAACGGGGCUGUGAACACAGAGGAUCUUAAUGAAGCUGGGGGUGUUACAGACAGGAUGGCUUUCCAGUCAUUUAUCAGUGGUCUAAUAUACCUGUACAACAGCAUUGCCUUCUGUACAAACCUGUUAUUUUCUAUUUUGUACCAAAAGAUUGCAUUCUAUGUGAUGUAUUAUUUUUCAAGUACCUGCUAUCCUGUCAUUGAGGUACAUUGUCUGAUGAUGGAAUACAGACAGUACCACUGGUGGGUAAGACAGGGCUAAAGUAGAAUUAGGAGAUGACCUAUAAAACUGUACAAAAAAAGAAACUUGAAAUCUAAAUAACAACGUGAAAACUACCCAGAAUCUGUACUAUAUAGAGUCGAUGUACUUUAGCCAAAGUCUGCUGAAAACUUUAGUUCAUAAUUAUUAUUAUUAUUAUUAUUAUUAUUAUUAUUAUUAUUUAACCUAAAUCUGGUCAGGACCGAUUCAUUAGGUUGAGCAGAUCAAGACACCAAAAAGUUCCUUUUAAGAUGUUUGCGUACCUUGACCUUUUAUUUAUUUGUUUUGCUAGUUGAUGCCAUUAUCAUUUAACAAAACACAGCUAUCGGAAGGACAUGCUAUCUGAAAUCAGAGUAAGGGAAUGAAAUGCAGAGAUUUCUGAGCCAGAAAACAAAAGUUUUGUUCAAUAAUCCUCCCAUGUAAGGUCAUUGGUUUCAAAUGUGUAAGGCAUUUUACUAGAAGUUAUUAAAACUGAAGGAGUCCCUAGUUUUUGUCCGAUAAGACAAAUAUCCAAAAGCUUUCAGUUGGUCCUAGUUAAGACAGGGAUUGGUGGCAAGUAUGUCAACAACAGUGGUGGAGAAAAUGUGUUCGGCACAGAGCCCUGAUGUUUGGUAGGUACAACCUCCACAUUGUCAUGACUUCCACUGUGGCCCAUAGGUGAAGAGGAACUACGGGAGGGUUCCCGUGUGAGCAAAAAGCCAAUUCUGCUGUUGAGUAUCAAGUGACUGUAUAACCCACCCUGUACAUUACAUCACUUACUGUAUAACCCACCCUGUACAUUGCAUCACUUACUGUAUAACCCGCCCUGUACAUUACAUCACUUACUGUAUAACUCACCCUGUACAUUACAUCACUUACUGUAUAACCCGCCCUGUACAUUACAUCACUUACUGUAUAACCCGCCCUGUACAUUACAUCACUUACUGUAUAACCCACCCUGUACAUUACAUCACUUACUGUAUAACCCGCCCUGUACAUUACAUCACUUACUGUACAUUACAUCACUUACUGUAUAACUCACCCUGUACAUUACAUCACUUACUGUAUAACCCGCCCUGUACAUUACAUCACUUACUGUACAUUACAUCACUUACUGUAUAACCCACCCUGUACAUUACAUCACUUACUGUACAUUACAUCACUUACUGUAUAACCCACCCUGUACAUUACAUCACUUACUGUGUAACCCGCCCUGUACAUUACAUCACUUACUGUACAUUACAUCACUUACUGUAUAACCCGCCCUGUACAUUACAUCACUUACUGUACAUUACAUCACUUACUGUAUAUUACAUUACUUAUUGUAUAACCCACCCUGUACAUUACAUUACUUGCUGUAUAACCCACCCUGUACAUGACAUCACUUAGUGUAUAACCCGCCCUGUACCUGACAUCACUUACUGUACAUCACGUACUGUAUAACCCACCCUGUACAAGACAUCACUUACUGUACAUCACGUACUGUAUAAACCACCCUGUACAUUACAUCACUUAGUGUAUAACCCGCCCUGUACUUUACAUCACUUACUGUACAUUACAUCACUUUGGCACAAUGCCAUGAGGCAAGGCAAAGCCUGUAUAGGUAUGGCUUAUGAAAGUGAGGUCAGCAUCAACUGAACCCAAUUAUAAAAUGCCUUAGUGAAUAUUUCUAGGUGUGGAGGUUUAACAGAACAGGAAUCACCUUCAUUUUGUUUAACAUUCCUGUUACUUUGAUAAAUUUCUUUAGGCUCGUUCUGUAUGUGUCAUUUAAGCAUGAAAAUUAUUGUAAGCGUGUGUAGGAGGAAUAAAACUGGGUGAGGAACAGCCAAACUCAGCUAACAAGGUGAGGUUGCUGAAGACAGUUUACUGUCAAAAGUCAUACACCAUGGCAAGACUGAGCACAGCAACAAGACACAAGGUAGUUAUACUGCAUCAGCAAGGUCUCUCCCAGGCAGAAAUUUCAAGGCAGACAGGGGUUUCCAGAUGUGCUGUCCAAGCUCUUUUGAAGAAGCACAAAGAAACGGGCAACGUUGAGGACCGUAGACGCAGUGGUCGGCCAAGGAAACUUACUGCAGCAGAUGAAAGACACAUCAUGCUUACUUCCCUUCGCAAUCGGAAGAUGUCCAACAGUGCCAUCAGCUCAGAAUUGGCAGAAAACAGUGGGACCCUGGUACACCCAUCUACUGUCCGGAGAAGUCUGGUCAGAAGUGGCCUUCAUGGAAGACUUGCGGCCAAAAAGUCAUACCUCCGACGUGGAAACAAGGCCAAGCGACUCAACUAUGCACAAAAACACAGGAACUGGGGUGCAGAAAAAUGGCAGCAGGUGCUCUGGACUGAUGAGUCAAAAUUUGAAAUAUUUGGCUGUAGCAGAAGGCAGUAUGUUCACGGAAGGGCUGGAGAGCGGUACACGAAUGAGUGUCUGCAGGCAACAGUGAAGCAUGGUGGAGGUUCCUUGCAAGUUUGGGGCUGCAUUUCUGCAAAUGGAGUUGGGGAUUUGGUCAGAAUUAAUGGUCUCCUCAAUGCUGAGAAGUACAGGCAGAUACUUAUCCAUCAUGCAAUACCAUCAGGGAGGCAUCUGAUUGGCCCCAAAUUUAUUUUGCAGCAUGACAACGACCCCAAACAUAUAGCGAAAGUCAUUAAGAACUAUCUUCAGCGUAAAGAAGAACAAGGAGUCCUGGAAGUGAUGGUAUGGCCCCCACAGAGCAAUGAUCUCAACAUCAUCGAGUCUGUCUGGGAUUACAUGAAGAGAGAGAAGCAACUGAGGCUACCUAAAUCCACAGAAGAACUGUGGUUAGUUCUCCAAGAUGUUUGGGCCAACCUACCUGCAGAGUUCCUUCAAAAACUGUGUGCAAGUGUACCUAGAAGAAUUGAUGCUGUUUUGAAGGCAAAGGGUGGUUACACCAAAUAUUGAUUUGAUGUAGAUUUUUCUUCUGUUCACUCACUUUGCAUUUUGUUAAUUGAUAAAUAUAAACUAUUAACAUGUCUAUUUUUGAAAGCAUUCUUACUUUACAGCAUUUUUUCACACCUGCCUAAAACUUUUGCACAGUACUGUAUAUAUAUAUAUAUAAUGUGUGUGUGUGUAUAUAUAUAUAUAUAUAUAUAUAUAUAUAUAUAUAUAUGAGUUCAGUAUAUACCAGUGACCUUUAGAAUAAAAAAAAUAAUCAAACCAUGACAGAUCAACUUUGUAAUGUAAUGUCAUUGUGGUUAUGAUGUGCUUUUCUCAGACUGCUUGCCGUCCAUUGAUGAACCAGCCACGACAAACAAACUGGACAAUCAAGAUGGUCUGCUUUCUUGGUAAAGGAAGGCUAGACUAUGGAAGAAUGUACCAUAUCAAACCUCAGCAAUUAAUACAAUUUUGGAGCACAUUUGAACAAUUUAGUGGCACACUGCAGCUUUAAAAAACGAAAUGUUCAACAGUUAGUUUGGUGUCACUUCAACAGUAGAAAUGACUGACCAGCAGGCUUGCUGUCCUACUUCAGUGUGUCAACACAGUAAAACAUGUCUAACAAAAAGAGGUUCGUAAAUAGCUUUUUUUUAUAUAUAAAGUGUUUCAUAAAAUAUAAAGUGCAUUCAAUAUAGUGAUUGCGUUUAUAAUUCUUCUGAAGAACGUUUUACAUGUAAGUCUUUUAUUAUUAAAACAAACAUCUUGCAAGUAAUAAUAUCAUAUUCUAGUAUUACACAGGAAAGUUGGUAAACGUUAACAUAUAUUCAAGCAGCUCCGGUAGACUUGCCGUCAAAUUAAUUAAUUAUUUGCACAUCUCAAUAAAAUACAUUAAAUAAAAUAAUGUACAUAAUGGCUAUUUUGGACACGGGUGCUGCAGAAGGCCAGGGCCAUUUGAACGAGGGACCUUCUGGUUACAAGCCCUUUUCUUUAACCACUGGACCACACAGCCUCCCUAUCUGUCUGUCAGUAAUCUCUGGUACAGUUUUGUGCACACCCACUUAAUCUCUAAGGGGUCAAUUGCAUGUGACCACCGUAGCUCUGCUUGGGGUCAGGAAAACAUUAAGUCAGAGAAAGAGACAUUGUGCAGGCAUGCUUGAUGGGAAUAUUUUCUUUACAGAGAUGCUUAAAAGGAAUGAAUCAAAUUAACAGGAAUGUUAAACAAAAGGAAGGUGAUUUAUGUUCUGUUACUAAACCUCCACACUUCUAAAUACUUAAUAACCCUGUUGGGACUGGAGCUGCUGCUGGCUCUCUGUUUAGCGGCAGCAUUGGGCCUCGUGUGAGAAGAGAAUCCCCCAGCCAGGGUGUCCUUAUUCGCCUGCCUUAUUCUUGAGCAGGAUCCCUCUUCCAAAGCCUGUGCAUGUUUCAAGAAUACGAGCCCUGCAUGGAUACAUUCUCACAAUACAAGGAGGGGAGCAUGCCAAAGAGCUGCAGUGCUUUCAGCCACUGAAUCCUUUGACACGUGGAGUCUGUUUCAAUGAUCUAGACCAGAGCAACCUUGUAGUUUAUAAAGGAGCCAUACCUAGAUGACCUGUGGGCUCUCACAGAGGAAUUACAAACACAAGCAGAAGUCUAUUAUGAUACAAUCAGUGUCCGAUCUUAACCCAAUAAGUACCAAAUUCAUUUUUCUUUGAAAAAAUAAGAACACAAGCUGUAUUCAUGCCAUUUGAUACAUUCUAAAUCAAUAUCAUUUGGGGUUUUUUAAGCCAAAAAUAAAAAUCUGUUGAAUUUAAUGUCAGUGAUUCAAUUUUAAUUAAAAAAUAAAUAACUACUAAUAA